AUGGACAACUGCGGAAUAUGCCAAGUAGGCGUGGCCUUUGAUAUUUGCAGUUUUAAAACUUACCAAGAGUGUUCACAGUGUGAACGUGAAGUUUCCAUAUCCCCUCUCCCUGUUUUCGGUAAUAUUAUGGCUCACAGUGAAACCUCUACCAAUGUGAAAAAAUCCAAUCAAUGUUCCCAUGUUCAUUUAGCUAAUCCUAGCUUACCUAUUAUGGCAGUCUGUUACCAGUUCAACAUCACUAAAUCAUUACUUGAGAAGCAUGAGUCUUCACAGCAGGAUUCUCAUGACUUGAUAUUUCCCACUCGUGCAACAUGUUUACAAGAAGAAAGGAUAUCUGGAGAUGACGGAGAUGAGUAUGCUGGAUAUCCAUUGAACAAUUAG